AUACAUAGGCAUAUAUAUAUAUCAGUUCUCUUUCUAGAAUGUGCGGCGUAAGCUGUGGUCUGUCCUUAAAAUGAAAUAAUAUUCAAUAGCCUAAGCUGAACUCCUCUAUUCUGGUUUGUGUAUGACCUAAAAAAUAAUAAGUCUCUAAAAUUGAACACAAGUGCGCAACAAUUAGCUGUUAACACACCCAGGACUGAAUAGAAACAAACAAGGAAGUUUGUUUUUCUGUUUAGUCAUCAUUUUUGGCUUAAAAACAAAAAAAGACGAAAAGAGCAUAUUUGAAGUACUUCCUCCUGGCACUGCAAGAUAAAUACAACUGAUUAAUACUAAAUGACUUCCUAACACAAAUGCUCAAAAAUACAGUAAAUGAGAAUGACAUGGCAUUAGUGUUGGAUAACUACCCUCCUCCUGAUAUCUGCGAGCCCAUAUUUCGAAUGGGAGAUUGGCUGAAAAUAGUGUCUGAAGAAGGUUACUGGUGGAAGGUCUACUCAGUCAACACUAAGGAAGUGAACUAUAUACCGCACUGUCAUGCCACAAAAGUCUUCCAUGGCUGGCUGUUUGAAACUGUGACCAGACCAAAAGCUGAGGAACUGCUUCGACUCCCAGGAAACCGAGUGGGGUCGUUCUUGAUCAGAGAGAGCACAAAAGGUUCGUACUCCUUAUCUGUGCGCCACAGAACUAUUAAGCAUUAUCGAAUAGUUCGAAUGCCAAACAACUGGUAUUACAUCUCUCCACGCCUCACAUUUCAAUGUCUGGAAGAUCUAGUUAACUACUACUCUGAUAUAGCAGACGGACUGUGCUGUGUUCUAACUGGCCCGUGCUUGAUCGCCUCUGAAACACGUCUGAGUGAGCUCACGAAAACACCUGGGAGAAAAUUAUCUUUUGACUGGAGAGCAGUGAACAGCUCGGAGCUCGUCCAACAGAGCACAAGCCCUUCAGCGGUCAGCUAUGGGGUUCAGAACAGUGUCUCUUCCUACCUGUCUCUGCUGGGACAGCAAGAAAAACCAGAGAAAAAGAAGUUUAGUUUGAAGAAGAGGUGGAAGUCUGUCUACAUGAUGCCAAACCACCAGCUCGACAGUUUGGCCACUGUGGAAGAUAACUACGAGGAGGUGCCUUGAUAGAUCACAUCUGAUUCAUUCCAGGAGCUCAAUAGCUGAUAGAGGGGUCUUCUGAGGGGUGGGGAACAUAAAGUAUCAUUAUAUAUGGAUGAUUUAUUAUUAUAUAUUUCCAACCCAUCAAAAUCUAUUCCUGCAAUACUUUCCACUUUAAAGAAAUUUGGACAAAUUUCAGGGUAUAAAUUUAAUACGGGGAAAAGUAUAUUAUUUCCAAUUAACAAUUUAGCUGAUCAUCAAUAUUUUGAAACACUGCCCUUUAAAACUUUAACCCAUUUUAAAUACUUAGGAAUCAAUGUCAAUAAGAUAUUUGUAGAUAAAGAGAAUUUUUCAAAAUUACUUGAUCAAAUAAUGCAGGAUCUACAGAACAUAAGUACAGUAAUAUAAGAAUAAUGGCCUACUGGUUACAAAAACAACCCCAAUUAUGGGUAAGCAUAGAAAGUGCAUGCUGUUAUCCUUCCUCACUUUCUGCUCUACUGUUUUCACCUUUACCCACUUGUCCAUUAGAAAAUCCAGUAGUUUCAUAUAUACUCAAGAUCUGGUCCAAGGUCCGUUUUUUUUUUUUUUUUGAUUUUUUUUUUUUUUUAAUUCCAUGAUCGGGUUGGAAAAGCAAUUUAAAGCUUUAUAGACAUAUUUGUUGAUAAAGUGUUUCCAUCAUUUGAACAGCCACAAAAGAAAUAUAACAUACCUCGAUCACAUUUUUUUUUUACAUUUGCAGCUGCAAAACUUAAAAUAAUUAAUUUAAUCAAACCAUAAUGAAAAUGAUACUUUUGUGUGAUCCUCGCAAUAAAAGAGUUAUUUCAUAUAUAUAUAUAUAUAUAUAUAUAUAUUAUAU